AUGCAGCACGUAUCCGCCUCCACUCUAAACAACUCCCUUCCAGACCGGAUAGCCUACCUCUCCUCCUUCCUUAACUUCACCGAGAAAGAUGGCGAGGCUCUCCGCGCCGCCAAACCGCUCGUCGCGCCUCUUAUUCCCGCUGUCCUCGACGCUGUCUAUGAGAAGCUGCUGAGCUAUGAUAUCACCGCCCAGGCGUUCGUGCCAAGGAACACGGGCUAUGAGGGCGAGACAGUGAACAAUGUGGGUGAGUUGACUAUGGAACACCCGCAGAUUGCUAUGAGGAGGGACUUUUUGAAGAACUACCUUGUCCGCCUCGUCAGUACCAGCGACAUUUCACCCACAAGCUCAUUCUGGACAUACCUCAACAACGUGGGCACUAUGCACACCGGCAAGCCAGGCUUCAAGCACCGACGAAACCGCCCGGAUCUGAAAGUUGACUAUAUCCACAUGGGAGCCCUCCUAGGGUAUGUCCAGGAUAUUCUAAUUGACGCCGUGAUGGAUAUGGAUAUCGACCUAGCGACGAAGUCCAAUGUGCUGCGGGCUUUGAACAAGAUGCUUUGGAUUCAGAAUGAUUUGUUCGCGAGGCAUUAUAUCCCGUCGGAGAAGGCAGAGGAGAGACAGGGCGAAAACGGCGUGGAUGCGGUACACCAUGUAGAGCACCAUGCAGAGGGAGGGGUUGCAUGUCCGUUCAGCAGACAUUAG